AUGGGGAUGACGGCUAAUGCGAAUGGUGUGAAUAACAGCCCAACAGGAGAGCCAACCCCGGGUAGUAGCUCGAGUCUACAUACACCUAAUGGGGUAACAAUACAGGCAUCAGCAAUACGCCUAGAAAUAGACAAGAGUACUUGUCAAGGCAAUUGCUUCCUGGUCAGUUGGUUCAUCUCCAAGCUAGAAGCAACAACACCUGUAGCUAUCGGUAGCCUACAUAGGAUGAGAGUAGGCAUUUAUGAUCAGCAACUUGAGCGUCGCAUGCCUCUAGUAGACACAGAGCUACGAGAGAGGUGCGAUCAAGCCACCAAUGAGUGUGGUGGCGACGAGGGUUGUGAAGAAACCCAAAUUAGUCAAUACAUUAGCGAGCUAGAAAUCAUGCGUUCACGCUUAGUUGAUAAGGCAAAUGAAACAGUCGUAUUUAAAUUGCUAACGACCUCGGAAUUUCUAAAGUUAUCCAUAGAUAGCUCCUUCAAAAUGGAAAAUUGCGAUAUUAUACAGUUUACCACACAAUGCAGAGACAUGUUCUUGGCUAAGUCCAUGCAACUAUGUCAGUAUCCAGCACUAGUGAGAUAUGUAUUAGAUUCUGCUGAUGCAACUGAAAAAACGAAGGUGGUUCUCAAUGAGAUAUUGGAUUCAAAGACGCAGAUCACAAAACACUACACUGAUCCAGAGCAAUUCAAUAGAGUCAUAAUUGAUCUCAGACAUAUCUCAGUAGACUAUUUAUUAGAGAAAAUUCUCAAUGACAUGGAGAACAAGGCAUUUAACGUGGAAGUGCUCACAGAGCGGAUGCAUAGGACAAUGCAGGUGUUAGAGGAGCGAUACAGACACACGGACAAGGAAAACCCCUAA